GAGGACCCCGCCUCCUGGCCCAUCCCAAGAUGGCGGAGAUCCCUCUGUACUUUGUGGACUUGCAUGAUGACUUAGACGAUUAUGGAUUUGAAGACUACGGCCCAGAUCGUGACAGCAUGAGGGUAACGGCCUUUCUGGACAUCCCAGGCCAGGAUAAUCUGCCUCCCCUCGCUCGCCUGGAAAAGUAUGCUUUCAGUGAGAACAUCUUCAACCGUCAGAUUAUUGCCAGAGGGCUGCUCGAUGUCCUCCGGGACUUCAGUAACAAUGAGGAGGACUUCUUAACGGUAAUGGAAAUCGUGGUCAGAUUGGCAGAAGAUGCAGAGCCCACAGUGCGGACUGAGCUGAUGGAACAGAUUCCUCCUAUUGCUGUUUUUUUACAAGAAAACAGAUCAAAUUUUCCAGUGGUGCUCUCUGAAUAUCUCACACCGAUUGUAGUGCGGUACCUCACGGAUCCAAACAACCAGGUUAGAAAAUCAAGUCAGGAAGUACUCUUGAUUCUUCUGGAACAAGAUCUAAUUUCCCAACAUGAUAUUGAAAACAAAGUGUGUCCAAUCCUGCUGGCACUCUCUGCCCCAGACAGUGAUGACGAAUAUAAAGCAGAAGCUGUGAACAUAAUCUGCAAACUGGCUUCCAUGCUGAGCAAGAGCACAGUUGAAAGCCUGCUGCUGCCUCGAUUCUGCGAAUUGUGUGGUGAUGGGAAGUUCUUUCAAGUCCGGAAGGUGUGUGCUACAAAUUUUGGUGAUAUUUGUCACGCCGUUGGACAAGAAGCCACUGAGAAAUUUUUGAUCCCAAAAUUUUUUGAGCUCUGCUCAGAUAAUGUUUGGGGGAUGCGAAAAGCCUGCGCAGAGUGCUUCAUGGCGGUGUCCUACAGCGCGUCCCCCGAGGUCCGCAGAGCCCAGCUGUCACCCCUCUUCAUCAAGCUCAUCAGCGACCCCUGCCGAUGGGUGCGCCAGGCUGCCUUCCAGUCCCUGGGCCCCUUCAUUUCCACCUUUGCGAACCCCUCCAGGGCCGGCCUCUAUAUUCGAGAAGACGGCACCCUGAGCAUCCGACCACCAGCUCGGGAUUUGGACUCUGCUCUCGCCUACGGGUCACCCCGUGCGGGCAGUUGUGGUAACACUUCCUCAGCCUGUUCCACGAAGCUGGUACACACGGAGCCGGACCUGCCCACGGAGGGCGCAUCAACAGGAACCAGCGAUCUCCUGCACAGCAGUAGCUCCUCUGGUGGCCUCAUGGCAAACUCAGUGGAAGAUUCUGCCUUGCCUGGAGCUGAGUCAGCCAGGCUUUCCCCGGAGGCCGGUGCCUCCCUGAAGCUCCUUGAUGGGGACAACCUCCCCAUCCACUGCCACCCUGGACUGGGCUACUCUACCUGCCCAGAGAGUCCUGAGGAUGUAUUCAGUAAUUUCCUUUAUUGGCGAACUCCUCUCCCUGACAUAAGCAAGGACCUAGAGCUAUUGCUGAGUGAGGCUGGGCCCCAGGAAAAGGGCUGCAGCAGGCCCGAGACCGUGCACCACAGCUGUGUGGCCCGGAGCGAGAUUCAGAAAGUCCUCGAUAGUCUGCAGGAGCAUCUGAUGAAUGAUCCGGAUGUUCAAGCUCAGGUCCAGGUCUUAUCAGCUGCUCUGAGAGCCGCACAGCUUGACUCUGUGAAUGAGCCCGAGCACCAGCCGAUGGAAGGUCGGCAUGAGGGGUCCGUUUCUGACCCCAGCCCUGCCUCGGACAAUCAGACGGCUCUGUCGGCUUCAUCAUCGCAGAAGGAGCUCUCCGAGCCCAGGAUAUUACAAAGCACAGACCCGGGCAAACCCUGCAGUGGGGCCGUUGACCAGCUGGAGAUGGAGCAGAGGCAUCUCCCUGCCCCACUUGAGGAGAAUAAAUCUAAAUUACAGGAUAUAAUACCUCAACCCCUGCUCGAUCAGUAUGUGUCGAUGACCGACCCCGCUCGCGCCCAGACUGUCGACAUUGACAUAGCCAAACACUGCGCCUACAGCCUCCCCGGGGUGGCGCUCACCCUGGGCAGGCAAAAUUGGCACUGCCUGAGAGACACGUACGAAACGCUGGCUUCCGACGUGCAGUGGAAGGUGCGUCGGACCCUGGCCUUCUCCAUCCACGAGCUGGCCGUGAUUCUCGGGGACCAGCUCACAGCAGCUGACCUGGUGCCCGUCUUCAAUGGAUUUUUAAAGGACCUGGAUGAAGUACGAAUAGGAAUUCUUAAACACCUGUAUGAUUUUCUAAAGUUGCUUCAUGAAGACAAGAGGAGAGAAUAUCUUUAUCAGCUUCAAGAAUUUGUAGUGACCGAUAACAGCAGGAAUUGGAGGUUUCGAUAUGAACUAGCAGAACAGCUGAUACUCAUUUUGGAACUCUAUAAUCCCAAUGAUGUUUAUGAUUACUUAAUGCAUAUUGCCUUAAAGUUGUGUGCAGAUAAAGUUUCUGAAGUUCGGUGGAUCUCCUUCAAACUAGUGGUGGCCAUUCUGCAGAAGUUCUACUCCCACAGUGAGCGCGCACUGGGGUUAAAUUUCAUCAGUGAGCUCAUCGUAAGGUUCCGGCACUGCGCUAAGUGGGUUGGAAGGCAAGCUUUCGCUUUCAUUUGUCAGGCGGUGGUGAACGAGGAGUGCAUCCCUGUGGACCAGUUUGUUGAACACUUGCUCCCCAGCCUUUUAAGCCUUGCCUCAGAUCCUGUGCCAAAUGUGAGGGUUCUGCUGGCCAAAGCUCUGCGUCAGACGCUGUUGGAAAAGGCGUACCUGAGAAAUGCCGGUAACCCUCAUCUUCAAGUCGUUGAAGAGACCGUCCUGGCUCUGCAGUCAGACCGGGACCCAGAUGUGUCCUUUUUUGCCACCCUGGAACCAAAGCGGCGGAGCACCGCAGACAGGCCUGUGCUGGCAGAACGGAAUUAGCCGCCCUGGGAUCCCGCGCGCCGCGGCCACGUUGUUCGUGGCCACGUACCUCUCACCCCCGCUUGUCAGGGGUCUGACUGUGCCACACCUUCCGAGGGAAGAAAGAUUUCUGAAACUUUGAGGGUGGGCACUCAAAUGACCCCUUUCCCAUCCGCCGCCCCAGGGACUGCACCUGGGACGGGCACCACCCUCUGCGCCCCUGCCUGCUGAUCGGGAUGCCCGCGACAAGGCUGUAGCCCCAGGUGGCUAGCUGGGCACGGGGGUCUCCCCAUAGCAUCAGAUCGCCUUCUCCAUGACAGACUGACUAUACUGUUUAAAGCCCCCUUCCUCCCAAAAUAAAGUAGUUUAUUAGGAGCUUUUAAGUCUUUAAGAGACUUGCAUAUUUGGCUUCCCUCAUGCUUUCCUGUAAAAUAUAGUUUAUGGUAUUACAUUUUAUUUUUAACUGAAAUAAUGUACAUAUGUAAAUAACUCCUGACAGGAAGAAAAUAUAUUAAUGUAAUAUUAGCCUCCUAUCAGUGAACAGAACAAAUACAUCAUUUAAAUUUAUGCUCCACUUUGAAGUGCUGCAAAUAUAGCCCAAUUUGUUUACUUUUGGAAAAUGUGAUAGUUAAGGAAAUGUACUAAAGAAUGAUUUAUGGCAGUCUUUCUAAUGCUGUACUUUUGUAUAAACUGUACUUGGAACUUUUCCUCAGGCACUUGUCCCUCCCCUUCUUGCGGUGACUGUAUUCAUAAAGCUGUACUGGCCUUUGACAGAGGCAGAAAGUAGAAAGAUUUUUCAUUCUUACAUGGAUUUAUUAUCCUAUGUUUAAGAAUGCAGGAGGGAAAUUGAUCAUUGGGAUGCACGGACACUGACUUUAUAGCUAAUGCUUUAGAAUCUUUAACAGACUAGGAACCCACAGUUCUGAUCAGUCCAUAUACUUGUCAGGGAUUUGGGAGUUAAAUUAUGACACUCUUCAAUUUGACUUAAGUACACCGAAUUUAGAUUUCAUGCUUUUAAAAUUUAGACUAAGAUGCUCUAGAACUUAAACAGGGCUUUUGUGAAUAAUUUGAGAUUCUAUAAACGUUUCAUUAAGUUCUGUAUAACAUGUAGGCUCAUGUUAUUUUUCUUGCUUCUAUUUUUAAUCUUCUUGCAAGCAGGCAUAAAGGAAGGAAGGAGUGGCCCAUUUGGGGUUCAAGAGCUGGCCGCAAAGGGCAUGUUGCUAUUGCCAUUCUUUCCUUGGAUCUUUUUCUUGUCUGUCUUGUCUUUUCUUUCUCCCUUUUUUAAAAAUAAAAUUUCUGGAGCUAUAUAUUGAAUUUCCUGGUGUACAGGAUGUUGUCCCCCUCCCCCAAAUUCCACUGAGCUGAUUCUUUAAAAAGAAAGGAAGGAAUCUAUACUGUGCCAAAGAAAAUAAGGUACAUGUGUGAGAAUUUCAAAUUGUAACCCAGGGUAGCAUUUGGGCAACUCCAGCAGAGCGUGAGCUAAUAAAUUGUGGAGGCUACGUAUUAAGAGAAACAAAAAUCAAUCAGUCCAUUUUGUGUUCAAUACUUGCCUAACGUAAAUAGAUGGAGACAUUGUUUUGCUUCAGUAACAAACAAUUUUUAAUUUUUUUAUUGUCUAGAAAUUGCGAUUGUCAUAUUGUUAAAAUCUGUUGACCUGGCAACAAGUAGAAUUAUUCACCUGGAAUUUUGUAUUCUGUGCAGAGCUUCACUUUCCAUUAAGGAAAAAAAAAAUAACCUCAGUCUGUGUUGUGAUGUGUACAAUUUGCAUGCUGAAACAAAUGUGCUUGUAGAGACUCUGGUAAAAAAAUCCAACCUUAAAAAGUUCAGCUUAUACACUAAAAAUGGUCUAUAACUUAAUAUGAAUGCCUUUCCAGUGCAAA